GUGGUGCUUAGGUUUGAUGGAAAACGCGCAGCAUUCCUCGCAUACUUCUGGAACAGUUCAGCAGCGAGCCAAGAACGACGUCAGCUCGAGCUGCGCUAUAUAAGCGCAGGAGCGCGGGUGUACGGCAGACUGCGACCGCUCGCGGAGCCGGAGUGCUGGGGAGACAGACGCCAAACAAGGACUUAAUCCCAAAACAACUGUGUUGUUCGAGACCUUUAGGAAAGAGAAGAUAACGAUGCUUCGUUUGCCAGUCGUCGUCGUAAUGGCCAUCGCAAGCUUCAACGUGGUGUUCGCUGCCUGCCCGGCAGAGUGCGCGUGCCCGCUGAGGUUGCCCGAGUGCGCGCCAGGCGUCAGCCUCGUCUCAGACGGCUGCGGGUGCUGCAAAGUUUGCGCGCGACAGCUCAACGAGGACUGCAGCAGGACAGAGCCGUGCGACCACACCAAGGGCCUGGAGUGCAACUUCGGGGCCAGCUUUGGGGCUCCCAGAGGCAUCUGCCGAGCUAAGUCAGAGGGCAGACCCUGCGAGUACAACAGCCGCAUCUACCAGAACGGCGAGAGUUUCCAGCCCAACUGCAAACACCAGUGCACCUGCAUCGAUGGCGCAGUGGGCUGCAUACCGCUGUGCCCGCAAGAGCUGUCGCUGCCCACCAUUGGCUGUGCCGACCCCAGGCUGGUGAAGGUGGCAGGCCAGUGCUGUGAGGAGUGGGUGUGCGGGCACUCGGACAAGCAGCUCGGCAACCAGCCGCUGCCCGACGAGAGCGAGAGCGACCUCACCAACAGGAAUGAGCUGGUGGCCAACGUGAAGGCCGGACUCAAGUCUCUGCCCGCCUUCAGGGCUCAGGCCGAGGUGCAGGUGUUCGGCCGGCAGAAGUGCGUCGUCCAGACGACGGCUUGGUCGCCGUGCUCCAGGUCCUGUGGCAUGGGCAUCUCCACCAGGGUCACCAACGACAACGCCGAGUGCAAGCUGGCGAAGGAGAGCCGUCUAUGCGAGCUCCGACCCUGCACCCAGUCUUCUUACGCCAGUCUGAAGAAAGGCAAGAAGUGCAACCGGACCAAGAGGUCGGCCCAGCCGGUGCGGCUCACCUACGCGGGCUGCACCAGCCUGCGGAAGUACCGGCCGCGCUACUGUGGUUCCUGCGUGGACGGCCGCUGCUGCGUUCCACAGCAGACCCGCACAGUGCGCGUCAAGUUCCGCUGCCACGACGGCGACACCUUCAACAAGAACGUGAUGGUGAUCGACACUUGCAGGUGCUCCUCGGACUGCCCGCACGCCAGCGAGAACCCACACCCCUUCUACCGCCUCUACAACGACAUCCACAAGUUCAGGGACUGAGCAGGGAGGGAGAGCCCCACCCCCACCCCUUACGAAACGAUGCCAUGUCAGAGCGGCCGAGCCGCGAUCGGGACGCGGGAAUCGGGAGGCGGGGCCGGUCGAACGCCUUCGCCGGAUUCCCACGGAGACCUGGGCUCACGUCACGCGGAGCUCUGGGAGAGUGCACUGUUUGCUGAGGUCAGCGUAUGAAACGCGCGCGUGUUUAAGAGACUUCGCUCCACACUGGAGCGCUACGUUCAGUAGCUUCGUUACGGAGCAACUUGUAAAGUCACCCGGUCCGUAAAAUGUAGCUGUUAAUGUUAAAAAUGUUGAUAUGUAUUUUGAUCUCUACAUACAGAAUAUGACCCAAGCUCAUAUGUGUAUAGCUUCAAAUAUACAUAUAUGCAAAUAGAUCAUUUAAAACUUUAACUGUAGAUCGUUGUCCUGUAAUUCUGAAAGUUUCAUCCCGUUGUGGUUCUCCAACAAAUAUGUGGUAACAUUCCUUCCCAACGUGGGCGACGGCUUCAUGUUGCACGGCAGCUAUGGAAAACCCACUGCAUCUGAGAACUAGCAAGGACAUGAGUCCACUUCAAGGUUGAAUGAAUGUUUAAUUGUUAUUAAUAUUAUUUAUCUAAAUGUAGCUACUUUAUUUGAAUAUUGUCAUACUGGAAUAAAGUGUAAAAUGGUCUAAUUUUAUAUGUUACAAAUAAAAGAUUUAUUUAUGACAUUUAAAAA